UUACAAGCAAUAAGCUCCGGAGUCUCAACUCCCGAGAACAAAUGGCAGUGAGGCAGGUCUGAGUGGGCACUAUCAGCAGGACUGACGGUGAGGGAGUUCCCAUUCUGAGUUGCCAAACAACGAGGUCCUUCCUGUCUCUUCACUUACUCAAUUUUUUCCUUUUUUCUUAUUGUCCAAAGUCUCGAAAACCAGACACAAUUUUUCUGUUACUGAUCACUGCCUUGAUAUUUGCAAAACCAUUGCCCUUUUUCUUCCCAAAUUUACCAAAACCGACGGCGCUAAGUCCUCCUUGUUGCACUUCAUUACCCCUCUUCGAUUUUCAGUGAGAGGUGUGAAGAAUGGAGUUUAAGCAGAACCAGUGGAAGGUCAGAACGAAGGAGAGAGCUCUGAGUGUGGGCGGCAAAGACUUUGUUCUGUGAGAAGCGUUGUCAUUUACUUGUUGCUAAGGCGGUGGAAGAAAAACAUGCAGAGGAAGAGUGAAAGUGGAGUUGGGGCUAACUUGGGUCCCCAGAUGACGAAGAGAAAGAGACUCGAUGGUGAAGAAAAUUCAGAAUCAAUGGUGCUUGGAAAGGUUCCUGAUGUGGGUCUUGAUAUUGAAGGGGUUCAGGGCUGGUUUGGUGAAGGGAAUUCAGAUGUUUUCAGGUGGUUAGAUGAAGUUGGGGAGGCUAAUGUUAGAGAAAAUUUGCAGCUUUGGCCUGGUGAAGCUGCACGUGGGAAUGGUGGUCAGGUUCUUGGCGGUUAUGGUGGAGAAUUUGGUACAAAUGGAGUCCUGGGUUUUGAUGGUAAAGCUUUCAGACUUUGGGAUGGUAAAGAUAGUGGUGCAGAAACUCAGGUGGGCAAGUCAGGUAGGGAUUCUGGUGAAAAUGGUGUUAUGGGUCUUGGUUGUGAAGCAACUCGAGCCCUAUUCGGUGAAGUUAGUGCUGUUAAUGCUGAUGUCGGUUCUUCUGGUCAAGGAAUUCAUGGCUUCGAUGGUAAAAUUGGGGUUGUGGGUUCUACUGGAGAAGAAAUCCAAGGUGUACUAGGUGAAGUCAGCGGUAGAAAUGUUGAUAUAAACCUUGGUGGUGAAGGCAUCAAGGAACUUUUUGGUGAAUGCGAAAAUGGGGCUAUUGGAUCCAGUAGUGGAGUGAUUCCAGGUCUAUUCGAUGGUGUUGCUAGUGCAAAUAAGGAUUUGAGUUUUGAUGGUGAAGGGGUUCCGUGCUGGUGUGGUGAAGCUGGAUGUACAAGCAUUGAUGGCAAAGGAAUUCAGGGGCUGUUUGGUGAGAUUGCGUUUGCCAAUGGUGGUGAAGGAAUUGAACAUAGGUAUUCUGAGAAGGUAGAUGGAAAUGGACCAAAUGGUGUUCCAGAUGAGGAAAGAAUGACCAAGGUUAAAUUGGGUAGGCCAAAGGGAUCAAAGAAUAAGAAGAAAAUUGGUGCUGUUGAAGCUGUAAACCAAGGCUCAAGUGAAGUUGGUGCUACUGGAGAUGAUACGGGUACCUCGAAACGGAAGCGAGGGCGACCAAAGGGUUCAAAAAGUAAGAAGAAACAUCAAGUUGAGGAAAAUCGUAUCAUAUUUAACAAAGCUGUGGUUGGUAACGAUGGUGGUGUUGGGAAUGUUUUUCUAAGAGGUUCAGAGAAUGAGAAGGUCGCUGUUAUGGGUGAGGAAAAAGUGAAAAUGCCUGAUGAGACCGCUGAUAGCAGCGGGGGAGGAAAUGGAAAUACCUGCACAAAGGUUGAGCAUAAUUGGCUGAAGGGUUUUAAUAACAAGAACAAAUUUGUAGGAGGUGGGGAAUGUAUUGAGGCUUUGGACCAAGCUGAGAUUGUGCAGCAAAAGGAUAUUCAGAAUUGCCCUGAGAGUUUAAAGAAUAAGAAAGAAGAUGAUGUGAGCAUAGAAAAUCCACAAUUGCCGGUUCAAAUGUGGGGCAGUAAUGAUACUGGUGUUGAGACAGUUACCUCUUCAGGGUUGAAUAAUGAAAGGACUGCUCAAGGAGGCAUGAAGAACAGAGAAAUGCCUGGUGAAGGUGCUGCUGGAGAGGGUGGACUGGUCACAUCAAAGCCUAGGCGUGGCAGACCAAAGGGUUCAAAGAGUAAUAAAAUAAAAAGUCUUCCUGGUGGUAAUCCGGAAAUGGCUACUGAAAUGGAGGGUUGUAAUGAUGGGGAUGACAAGAUAAUUGGACCUAUGGUUUUGCUGGGUGAGGGUAUUUCUACGUCAGGUGGAGAAGGUAGAACAAUGCUUAGAGAAUCCAUUGGAGGUGUUGGAUCAGCAAGUGAGAUUUUUAAGCUGACAGAUUUCAAGAGCAAACAUACAAUUUUUGCAGGUAAUAGUCAGGAAUUUCCUGGUAAUAUUUUGGGAGCCAAUGACAAUGGUGGUAACAAAGAUAGAGGUGUUUCGAACAUGAUGACUGCCCUUUUUAAUGAAGAAGUAAGAGCCACAUCCGGUGAGGCCAUUGUUGGUAGUAGAGAGGUGAAUGAAAGCAUAAAGCCCGAGGGUAGGUGUGACCCACCAAAGUUCUUGGAGAACAAGCAAAAUGAUCUUGAAGGAGAUAAUAAGGAAAUGCUUUGUGAUAGCAUGCUUGGCCACCAUUUUGAUGAUAAUUCAUUUAGGUUUUUGGCUUUGGAGAAUGGGAAGGCUGUUUUCUCAGCUGAAGGAGAUAGGGCAAUGCCUGUUGAGGCCACAUUUGGUAAUGGGGAGGGAAGUCAAGUUGUUAGGCCUAAGGGUAGACGUGGCAGACCAAAGGGUUCUAUGCAUAUGAAGAAAAGCCUUGAACCUUACAGGUGGGAAUUGCCUUAUGAAAAUGUAGAUAUCAAUGAUUGUGUUGAGAAUUUGGUGUCUAAUGAGGUCAAUGGUCAUAGUGAAAAGGAAAGCAGAAUUAUAAAGGCUAAGAAAAGGCGUGGCCGACCAAAGGGUUCAAACAAUAAGAAGAAAAUUCUUUAUUCUGAAGAAGUUGUUGGAUGUUUAGGUGAAUAUAAGAUGUUACAUCGAAAAAAUAAGAGAGGCCGGCCAAAGGGUUCAAAGAAUAAGCAAAAAUGUCUUCCAGCUGAUGAAAAUAAGGUAGUGAACAAUGAAAUUGGGGGCUGCAACAAUAGCAAGGGCAAUUUUUGUCUGACUGGUUUUCAGACUGAUAGGAGUGCUGUUGUUGAUGAGGAAGUAGGGAAAAUGGCUAUUCAAGCUACUGCUGGUGAUGAAGCAAGACAAGAGAAUGCUCAGCCAAAGGGUAAGCGAGGUCGACCAAAAGGUUCAAAGAAAAAGAAUCCAAUUGCUGUUUCUAAAGAACAAAGCCAAAUACUUCUUCAAAUAGAAUCCAAGGGAGAUGAAUUAGCAGGUAACUCUGGCAAUGCUUGCAAAAGGCAUAGAGGACGGCCAAGGAAGUACAGCGACCAACCAGACAAUUCAGAAUCAUUGGACAUUACUGAAAGGCAAAAGGUACAGAGGAGUUUGAUGUGCCACCAGUGUUUGAAAAGCCAAAACAACGGUGUUGUUGUUUGUUCCAACUGCAGAAGAAAACGCUAUUGCUAUGACUGCCUUGCAAAGUGGUACCCAGAGAAAACACGGGAGCAGAUAGAGAUUGCAUGUCCAUUUUGUCGUGGUAAUUGUAAUUGCAGAUUAUGCCUCAAAGAAGUAGUUGUGCUGUCUAGGACUGGCAAAGCGGAUGCAACUACCAAAUUGCCAAAGCUUCUUUACUUACUAGAUAAGACUUUGCCUCUCCUGAAACAUAUUCAACAGGAGCAGAGCUCUGAACUGGAUGUGGAGGCAAGAACUCGUGGUGCUCCAUUGACAGAAGAGGAUGUAUUACAAUCCUUACUUGAUGAUGAUGAUCGACUCUAUUGUGACAACUGCAAUACAUCAAUUGUCGAUUUCCACAGAAGCUGCCCCAAUCCUGAUUGUUCUUAUGAUCUCUGUCUCUCUUGCUGUUGGGAAAUUAGAAAAGGAUCUCAGCCUGGAGGUAAUGAGGCUGAAUCUCCACACCAUCAAUUUGUUGAAAGAAUACAUGGUCAAGGUACGCAAAUGGAUGACCAGAUAACUGCAAAUGGUAAAAGAUUUGGUUGGGAGAAUCAAGUACCCCAUCUAGAAAACAAGUGUGUAGCUGAAUCAUUGUUUGAUUUUUCUGAUUGGAGGGCAGAGGCUGAUGGAAGGAUUCCUUGCCCUCCUGAGGCAUUGGGGGGUUGUGGUACUGAGAUUCUUGUACUGAAACGUGUUUUUGAAGCUAAUAUGAUUAAAGAGUUGAUUACAAGUGCCGAGGAACUUACUAGUAAUUAUAAGCCACGUGAUAUUGAUAGUUUUCAAGGAUGUUGUUUGUGUCGUCCCUUCAUUUCCACUGACUACAGAAUGAAAGAUUUUGAAGUGAGGAAGGCAGCAGAUAGGGAGAAAAGUGAUGAUAACUUUCUUUACUGUCCAAAUGCUCUUCGGCUGGGAGACAAUGAAAUUGAGCAUUUUCAAAUGCAUUGGACAAGAGGGGAACCUGUUAUCGUUAGAAAUGUGCUUGAAAAAACUUCUGGUUUGAGUUGGGAACCAAUGGUUAUGUGGAGGGCUCUUAGAGGUGCUCAAAGAAUAUUAAAAGAGGAAGCACAAAAGGUUAAAGCCAUUGAUUGCCUGGAUUGGUGCGAGGUUGAAAUUAAUAUUUUACAGUUCUUCAAGGGCUACUUAGAGGGGCGAAGGUAUAAAAAUGGGUGGCCAGAGAUGCUGAAGCUGAAGGAUUGGCCCCCAUCGAAUUCAUUUGAAGAAUGUUUGCCAAGGCACGGUGCUGAAUUCAUAGCCAUGCUUCCCUUUAGUGAAUAUACCCAUCCAAAAUCUGGUCUUUUAAACCUAGCUACAAGGCUUCCUGCUGUCUUGAAGCCAGACUUAGGACCCAAAACAUACAUUGCUUAUGGAUCUAUGGAAGAACUUGGCAGAGGUGAUUCAGUGACUAAACUACAUUGUGACAUCUCUGAUGCGGUUAAUGUACUCACUCACAUGAAAGAAGUGAAGCUUCCCCCAUGGCAAAGUGAAAUCAUAGACAAAUUGCAAAAGCAAUAUGAAGAUGAAGAUAAUAAUCAGAUUUGUGGUGUGAUGCAGAAAGCAUCAGGGAAAUGUGGAAGGAAGCCAAGGAAAAGUCCUUGUAGAGAUGAGAGUAUAGAUCCUGAAUUAUUUCAAAAAGGGGAAACAAUUGAGAGUGACUCCUCUCUAGAACGGUUGUAUAUACAAGAAAUGAAAUUGGAUGAACAAGAAAGUAAAUCCCAAGCAUUGGAUGGAUCCAGUAGCAUUCAGUUUCCUCAGAAAUGUUCUGCUUCCGCAGGAACUACAGUAACUGAAAAUACAAAGCAGUUGGUUGGAAAUGCAGAGAGAAUGGUGCCUUGUUAUGAUCCACAUAUGCUUGAUUCCAGCUCCUUGUGGUACAAUGAUUGGGAGAAGAUGAAUCCUGUGCUUAAGAAACAGGAUGAGGUGAAAGGAUAUUCUGCAGAAUGUAGUGACAUUGUCAGGGGUGAGUUGUUACCUAAAGGCAUGCAUAUGGAUGCAUCUGAUGAUCAUGGAAUGGACGAAAUUUUGGGAUUGAAUUUGGAAAAGAAUAACUAUCAUUCGCUCAAUCAACAUGAUAAAUGUACCGGGCUUGUUGGUUUAGCAGCGGAAACAAAGGAUUUGGGAUCAGUUGAUUUAAAUACAGUUAUGACUAGUAAAAUUCUGGCGGAAAACCAUGCUGCAAAACAUCUAUAUGGUGGUGCUGUUUGGGACAUUUUUCGUAGGCAAGAUGUACCCAAGCUAAUUGAGUACUUGAAGAAGCAUCAGCAUGAAUUUCUUCAUAUCAGUAAUCUUCCUGUGAAUUCUGUUGUUCAUCCUAUUCAUGACCAGACCUUUUAUCUAAAUGAAAGACAUAAGAGGCAACUGAAGGAGGAGUUCAAUGUUGAACCUUGGACAUUUGAGCAACACCUUGGUGAGGCUGUUUUCAUCCCAGCAGGGUGUCCACAUCAAGUGAGGAAUAGACAGUCAUGCAUAAAAGUGGCCCUUGAUUUUGUAUCCCCUGACAAUGUUCAAGAAUGCAUUCGGUUGACAGAAGAGUUCCGUAUGCUUCCAAAGAACCAUAGAGCUAAAGAAGAUAAACUAGAGAUAAAGAAGAUGACACUGUAUGCUGUAAAGGUUGCUGUAAGUGAAGCCAAUAAUCUGAUUUCUGGACUUGAGUCAUCAAAUGAAGACAAGCAAAUCCAAGAGCAUUUACCUUAAAUGGAAGUGUUCUCUGUAAAUAGCACCUCCUAUGGAAAAUGGUUGACGAUGAAAGGAUCUGGUGCUAAUUGGUUAGGUACAGAAUAGUUUUCUGGCUGACCUACAUGUUAGUUGUGCAGUGCAGAUUAGUUUCUGGUGUUGUAUAUCAAACCUUGAUAUAAGCUCUAAUUUUGGAUGCUGCAAUGUAUAUCUUUCAUUAAGCAUGUUGUCACAAUUAUUUUCUUACCCUAAUGUCAGUGUCUUUAGAUUUUCUGGACUUGUUUGUUGCCCUAGGAAUCAAGAGGUUUUAAGUUUUGUAGCACUGUUGUAUUGUUUUAGUUAUUCCUUGUGAUUUAUAUUUA